UGGCGAAUGAAGAGAAGCCGAUGGAAAUUUCUGUCAGCGAUUCCGAACCUGUUUGGGUGUUUUAUCGAGAUCGUGGGGACUGGAAAGACGUUCAGCCAUUACCGCAAGACGAUGGCCCAGCUCCGAUUGUACAGAUAGCCUAUUCUGCAAAAUUUCGUGAUGUUUAUGAUUAUUUCCGAGCAGUAUUAAAAAGCGAUGAGCGUAGUGAGAGAGCAUUUUCCUUAACAACUGAUGCAGCUGAAUUGAAUCCUGCUAACUACACUGUUUGGCAUUUUCGAAGAUUGUUGCUGAAAUCUUUAAAUAAAGACUUGAAGGAAGAGCUGAAAUAUAUUGAUGAUGUUAUUGAAGAACACCCUAAAAACUACCAAGUCUGGCAUCAUCGUCGAGUGGUGGUGGAAUGGGCAAAUAAUGCUGAUGAAGAGUUGUUUUUUACAAAGAACAUUCUAGACUUGGAUUCAAAGAAUUAUCAUGCGUGGUCUCAUCGACAGUGGGUUCUCAGACAAUUCAGUCUAUGGAAAGACGAGUUAGAGUUUGUAAAUAUGCUGUUAGCAAAGGAUUUGAGAAACAACUCUGUUUGGAAUCAGAGAUAUUUUGUUAUUAGUAAUACAACCAAGUUUACAGAUGAGGUACUUGAUAAGGAAACAAAAUUUGCAAUGGACAUGAUUCAGAAGGCACCAAACAAUGAAAGUGCUUGGAAUUACCUUAGAGGGUAUGUAUUUCUUUGUUCUUCCCUUGCUGAACAGUUUGAUGCUAUUCGUAAAGAAUACUGGUCCUACGUGUCACGAUCAUUAGCGGUUAAAUAUGGAACUUUAGCACAGGAGUAA